AUGGCUUCCCUCUCUCUCCACCAAACCCUAUCGUCUCUCCCUCUCACCCCACAACUCCCAAACCCUAACCCUAACUCUAACCCUAGGUCCAGAUCCGUUCCUCUUAGGAAAACCCUAACCCUAAGCAACGCCAAGGAAUCCGAGCGCGGGAUCGAGUUCGAGACCGGCGAUUCCUUCUUCCGCCGAGAAAGCGCCAUCGGCCGUGACCUUGGGAUCCUCGCCGCCGUCAUCCAUGGUCGAAACCUCUCCCGUGGUCCCCGCGUCCUCGAUGCUAUGUGUGGAUGCGGAGUCCGAGCCCUCCGCUACCUCUCUCAGGCCGGUGCCGGCUUCGUUUGGGCCAACGACGCCUAUGACGGUUCCCGUGGUCUUAUCCUCUCCAAUCUCGGUAGCGAGCCUAGGUUCUCUCCGGACGGGGAGAGGAGGUGGGUUGUCACCCAUUUGGACGCGAAUAGGGUUUUGUUUGAGAGUUAUCUGCAGAGAAAUUUCUUUGAUCUUGUGGAUGUGGACUCCUUUGGGAGCGAUUCUUCGUUCUUGAGGUCAUCGAUGAUGGCAUUGAAGAAGGGGGGGCUGUUGUAUGCGACCUCGACUGAUGGGUAUUCCUCUGGAGGACAUCGUCCUCAGCAUUCCUUAGCUUCAUAUGGGGCAUAUGUUCGUCCGAUGCCAUAUGCCAAUGAGGUUGGGUUGCGGCUGCUAAUUGGUGGGGCACUGCGAGAAGCAUCUGCCUUAGGCUUUCACAUUUCACCACUUUUCUCUUACUAUUCGUACCAUGGACCUGUUUUCAGAGUAAUGUUUAAAGUUGAUCAUGGAAUGCUUCAUGAGAACCUUCAUUACGGUUUUAUUAGCUACUGUCAUCAAUGUGGAAAUUCUCAAGCCUUUACUUGGGAAAAACUUGGCCAGAUUUGUUGUCCUUGCAACAAUGGAGGGGUCUCUCGUUCUGUGGUUGUGUCUGGUCCCCUAUGGACAGGACCUCUUCACAAUGCUGAUUAUCUGAAUGAAAUGUUGAAAUUAGCUGAAGAAUGGGGAUGGGCAUACACCAAACAAAAUGGGAUUGAUCUUCAGAAACUUCUCAAUCAAAUGAUUGAUGAAAGCAAUCCCCUACUUCCAUUUGGAUACAUCAAACUUGACGAGGUUGCCAGCCGAGCAAAAAUAAAUUCUCCACCAGUUUCAACCAUGAUAAAUGCUUUACAAAAGGAAGGCUAUGCUGCAACUAGGUCCCAUAUUGCACCCAAUGCAAUCAAAACAAACUGCCCUAUGGGUUCCUGUAUUCAAAUCGCCAAAGAACUCCGGCAUGCAAACUGAUCUUAUUACGCAGCCAGCUUAAGUAAGGUAAUUCUCUAUUGGUCAUGUGUUUGUUUUAGGUCCCCUGUUUGGAUUGGGCUGGAGGAAAAAAAGUGCUUUUUUUCUUUUUGAAAGUUUGGUAAAAUGAAUUUUUUUUUAAUUAAGAAGUGUUUUUUUUAAGUAAGUUCAGGUAUAAUAUGUUCCUUCAUUCAUAUCAACCAAUGUAACACUCAAAUUGUGUGAUUUGGAGGUGAUUAUUAAAUAUUUUUUAUAGAUCAA